UUUGUCAUUAGCUGGCCCUCUUUUGCCUCGAUGGUUGCGGGGAACAAAUUUUUGUUAAAUGAACUUGCCUAGAAAAAUGCUGCGGGAACAAUUUAAACUAGCAAAAUGCGAAUUCCCCUUCGUUAAGAAAACGCGCUAAAAUAAAUAUCCACAAAAGUCGUCUCAGUCGUCUCUGUCUUCUCUUGUGCUCCUUCCAUGCCCAUAACUUAUUAGUCUUUACAAAUUUCUUUAUCUCUCUCCGACUGAUUGGAUGUUUCUGAUUCAUGGGUUUCGGCUGCUUUCAUGAUUCACAGCUUAAUCUCGUCGAGUUAUUAUGGAUUACAGCUUCGGUCUUGAUCGGAAUUGAUAGUACUUUGGUAGUAUGUUAUGGAUUAAGACUUUGAUCAUAUGAACUAAUGAUGUAAUAGCAUUGUUAAUAUUUCAAGUGCCUGGCUUUUGUGUGAAAAUUGUGAAUAAGGAGUCAAAGACAGUUUUUGGGGUGAUUGUCAUACAUACAAUACAUAAUGGGUGGAAUUCGCACCACAGUGAAAACGGCAAUGAGAACGGGGCUCAAAGUAGAAUAUGUCAUUAUAGAUUACCCUCGAGAUAGCAAUGAGUUUGAUGGACUGUCCCCUAGAGCAAUUAGUAGUACAACUACAUGCCCGGCUAUUCCUAAGCAAGCUGCAAAGGUUUCAGAAGUAAGCUCACUUUUGGGCAAAGCUGGCAUCACUGGGUUUGGGAAGGCUAUACAAUUUUUGGACAGUCUUGGUAGCAGCAUGACAAAUUUGACCUCCAUUGUUGGUACCUCGGGAAUGUCAAGGAAAGAGAAUACAAUUUCAAUUUUGGCUUUUGAAGUUGCCAACACAAUUGUCAAGGGUGCCAACCUGAUGCAAUCCCUUUCAGAGGAUAAUGUCAGACAUUUGAAGGAGGUGGUGCUACCAUCAAAAGGGGUGCAAACUUUAAUAUCUAGAGAUAUGGAUGAGCUCCUGAGAAUUGCUGCUGCUGACAAGAGAGAAGAACUGAAAACAUUUUUCAGUGACGUUGUGCGUUUUGGAAAUCAUUCUAAAGAUCAGAUGUGGCACAAUUUGGACCUCUAUUUUAAGAAGAUUGGUUCAAAAGUUACACAGCAGAAGCAUUUCAAAAGGCAAGCACAGGCAGAUAUGGAACAAUUGAUGACUUUAGUUCAGUCAACAGCAGUGAGUAUUUACAUGUUACUGUGUAUUAUUCCAGAAACCCUAUCUAAAAUCUUGUGUUUACAGGUUGUCCAGAAGCUUGUAGAUAUUGUACACUUUCUACAUUUGGAGAUCCAUGAAGCUUUUGGCAGUGCUGAUGAUGAACUUGGGGAAAGUUCUCGGAGGAACCAUAAGAAGUUGGGGCCUUCUGGUAUUUCAUUACAAUAUGCGAGUAUUAUUACACAAAUUAACACACUAGUGUCUCUGUCACGAUCGAGUUCAGUGCCUCAACAUAUGAGGGAUACUUUGUAUCACGGGCUGCCAUCCAGUGUAAAGUCAGCUUUGCGCUCAAAAUUCCAGUUAGUUGAGCUCACUAUCCCUCAAAUCAAAACUGAAAUGAAGAAAACAUUGGAGUGGCUUGUUCCCAUUGCCAGUAACACAACCAAAGCUCUUCAUAGCUUUGGUUGGGUUGGAGAGUGGGCAAAUUCAGAGUUUGGGGCACUCUGGAAACAUGUUGGCCAGACUGGCAUUCUGAGGAUUGAGACACUACACCAUGCAGAUAAGUUAGAAACUGAAGCUUGUAUCUUUAACCUAGUAGUUUGGCUACAGCAUCUGAUCAGCCAGUCGGGGGCUAGUGACGGUGGAAUGCCGUCAACUCCUGUUAAAACCCUAAACCAGAAGACAAAUCUGUUAUCUAGACACACACCCAACGGUUCAUCUCCCGUUUUGACAGAUGAAGAUCAAGAAAUGCUUCAAGAUGCGAGUAAGAGCAACUUGAGGCUCAGGAUGAGUAAGAGUCAGAAGUAUGCCUCAAGAAACGACAUGUUAAGCAAACAACAUAGGCUGAGUAAGAGCAGCCGAGACUUCCUAUCAAGUAAAACUAGAAAAGAUCCAUCUCCCAUAUGGAGUCUGCUAUCUAGGCCGAUCGACUUUGAUAACGAUCGGAUCAAACUCUUGGAUGUCAUUGAUGGAGUUGACACAACCAAAGGUUCUAAUUAGUGAUUGCAAAUCAACAUGUGCUUGAAAAGAAGCCUCCAUGUUGCGUAAUAGUAUCAUCUUUUGCCUUUGCCUUGAUGGGUGCUCUAAGUUUGCGCCAAGGGAGACGAUGCUAUGUGAGUUUGAAGCAGAUGCCGAGUAACACAAAUUACUUUUGUAAAUGUGGAAUCAAGGGUAACAAUUUACCCUUGUAGGAAAAUAUUAGUACCUUCACUUUAUGUACAUAAUACGUGUAGGAAAAUACACGUGCAGACUCCAUAUAUUCCCAUUUUGUAAUGCUGGGAUAUUUAUAUGUUCCAUUCAUAGUUAGCGAAGUAGAAGACGGGACUUGGAAUAAAUACACGUGAAUAUUAUUUGCCAAAGUUUUCCUUAAGAUAUAGUGAAAACUCGGCAUUAUUUAUUUAACAAAAGUUUGGUUGAAAUGUGACAGUAUGGACCAAAUUGAUAUGAAAAUUAAAAGGACCACAUUUAUUGA